UAUUUGCUCGUCGUACUGCGCUCCUACACACGUUGUUUCGGCAUAUUUGAAGUGAGAGGGGAGGACCCUAGCUGGCAACAUUUCUAGCUAAGGAUUUUAUGUUGCUGGUUCUCGGCCGUCGGGUUUCGCUGUCAUUCGUAAAACGAGUCAUUACCCACGAUCCAGUUUUGUUCUCGAAGCCCAUCUUGCACAACUUCAGAACUAUCAAAUUCGGAUUAAUACACAGCAGCAUCGUCUUCGCAAGCGCUACCAGACAAAAUACAGACACCAUGCCUGAAAGGAGGCCCUUCGUAAGGUUGCCCACUGACGUCUACCCCGUCAACUACGGGUUGUGCUUGAAGCCCGACCUCAUCGACUUUACUUUCAAUGGCAAGCUAGAGGCGAUUGUGGAGGUAGGUGAAGUAAUUGAACAAUAAUUUGUAUCGUACUUGGUGCAUGGCGGGGACUCCGUUAUGUAAUCUAUCUAGCCUAUUACAACGUUCGAAUGGCUAACGGCAAAAAUGCUAACUAGCUAGUCGUCUAACGUUAGCCAGCUAACUUGCCAGCUAGCUAACCCCUAUCUAACGUUAGCUACUAGCACAUUAUAGUACAGUAGUGGCAAACAGCUAGCCUAGCUAACUUUAGCUAGGUUGAGAAUAUAUAUGUAUUUAAUGUAGAAAAUAAUAUAUUUGUAUUAACACCUUAACUGGCCUGAAUGGUUCUGUACCCGAGUAGCUAACUAGCUAGCUAGUUGAAUUGUCAUUAGCUAGUUAACUGCUAAUGCUAGUUAGUUAGAUAGCUAGGCACAUUAACGUUAGCUCGCUGUCAUGUUUUGCAAAUCGUUCACUGGCUAGUAGAGUCACUACUACAUACUUAUCACUUGAAAUUCAUGCAUAUUAUGGUCAAUGCAAAUAUGUGGAUUUAGUUUAAAUGCUAACGUUAGUUGCCUGCCAGCGCACUCUACAGUUAGCAAGGUAGCACUAGCGCGCAUGCUAACUGAGCUAAUGUUUGCUAAAUCAUAGCUAGCAAAUGUCUUCCUAGAGAAGACCUCCCAGCUUCCGCCUCUGUUAACCUAUUUUACAAGUGUGUUGCUAGCAGACCAUGAAAUGACAAAACACUAGACAUUCACAACACCCGUAAUGCACUCAACAAGAACUGACUAUUCACAUGUAUUUGUAUAACAUUCAGAACUGAUCUUGUUUGAUGAUAAUGCACGACACUUACACAAAUGUAGUUGAAUUUAGCUAUAUGUUUCCUAAUGUCAGUGAUUGGAAAAGUGGUUGUACCACCUUGCAUACUUCCCAUUGCCUGUUGGUAUGUUGAUGUUGUAAACCAAAUACUACAUAGGGAUGGGCAUGAGUACUCAAACGGACGUCAAAGCUCGAUCUUUAACCAGAGAUUACUUUUAUUUUCCCCCAAAUACUGUAAAACUAUUUGGUGUGUGCUUUGUGGCUGCUCGAACAGGCAUGUUACAUGUUGUAACUUGCUAUGACUCUAAUGUUCAAUUUUUUACAUUUGCAUUUGCGGGGCACAACAAAAAAGAAACCAAGCCAAACAUCAGUUUUUCUCCCGAAAUUCCCUUUCCCGUCCAUGUCUCAUUCACUCAAUUGCGUUCUGACCGCUCCCUACACACAGGCGUGCAGAGUGCGCAUCACAAGCUCCCGUUAGGCCUACAGAAAGAGCUACGUUUUUAUAGGCAUUUAACUGAUGCGAUACACAAACUACAUUCCUUGCCAAAUGAUGACAGUUCUAUCGCAAAUUAUAAAUGGACUGGUUGAAGUAGGAAAAUGUGUUCCGACAACGAGCAGCCGUUUUGGAAUAAUUGUGUCCAGCCUAUUUUCUGCUUAAGCUACUUUGCGAACUGCUAGUGCCAUUUAGAAUUGGUUAGCCUAGGAAAUAGUAUCAUUUGUCUAUAAAAUUGUUAUAAGUACACCUCUGCAUAACAUUGUAUCCUUAUUAACAUUUUAAAAAAGAAAAAAGAAAGAAAUAUAGAUCAACUUACAACAAAGAAUAACUUUAUUAAAAAAAUGUUUUAGUCUGUAACAGAAAAUACUUAAAGUGCAUCAAUUUGCCUGAAAAAAAACAAAUUUCAAAACUUAUUUAAACUGUAAACAUUUUUUGACCAUUUGAUACUGAAAAAUAAAAUAUAUAAUGAAUAAAUAAUCAUACAUUCAAAUUGAUCAGCAACAUGAACUCAGGAGCACAAUAUAUGAAACACUUUGACCUAUAAAACAAAAAUGAAUAAAACAAUGUGCUGAUUUAAAAAAAAAAUCUAAAUGAGGAAGUCAGGAUUAAUGGCUACAAUGAGCACGUUUUGCAGUGCACAGCUUUUUGAAGCAGGGUUUGAAGCAUGAUACUGCAACUCUCAGCUCCUGCUCAAUGUUUAGCUGGGACCUGUACUUGGUCAUCAGUGCAGCAACAGCAGAGAAGCCAGUCUCACAAAGAUAAGAUGUUGCAAAAGGAAGAAGAAUGCCCAUGGCCCUCUGCCCUAAGAGUGGAUACUGCCUCUCUACACUCAGUGUCUGUGAUGUGAACCACAGUCUCAAUGUGGAGUCAGACGUCAUAUCAAUGAACUUGUCCUCCUCUGCAGAGCAGAAACCAGUUGAGCUGGUGCUUGAAGGAUCUCUCACCCAGUCAUUGGGAACUGUUUCAGGGAAGUACUUUAAAGAAUCCCAGUGAUGAAUAUGCUCCUUAAUAUAUGGAAUCACUGAGGUGGCAUCAGAGUCAGUAGUGUCAACAAAUUCAUGCAGGUUCUCGAAUGAAUCAGUAUUUCCUUCAUCAAGUCGCCUGCCCCACAUUGCAAGCUUUCGAGUGAAAGAGCUGAUCUUGUCUGUGACCUGAGGGAGGUGUUUAUCUUUCCCUUGAAGCUGUAGAUUUAGUUAAUUUAGCUUUCCAAAUAUGUCACUCAGGUAGGCCAGUUUUGCCAGGAAGUUCUCAUCACUACAUUUUUCUGCGAGGUCAUACUUGUGCUCCUGCUCCGAAAACAUUCUUAUCUGCUCUCUGAGCUCAAAAACUCGGGACAAUACUUUUCCUCGUGACAGCCACCUUGCUUCACUGUGAAACAGCACAGCUUGAUGUUCAGCUCCCAUCUCCUCACAGAUAGCAGAGAAGACUCUUGUUUUUAGUGGUCUGUUGAUUGGGGUGUAAUGUCUUUAAGUGACGCCUUAAUUUAUUUGGCUUCAUGCUGUCCGCUGCCAACAUUUUUAGACACAGUAAACAUACCGGUCUUUCCUCGUCUCCCACCGUAGUCACAGUGAAGCCAAGCGCUACAUACGCUUCAUCAUAUUUCCUCGUCUUAGCUUUCGGGAGACUUACGUUUGUCUCAUUAUCUCCGCUUUCCGCCAUUCUUUCAUCCCUGUUAAAUAUUUUUCCAUGGUGUCUCUUAAGGGUUUGUUACCCCCCUAAACAUAGACAGGUUCCACACUGAAAAUAUGCCAUUGCACAAGGCUAUGCCAUUGCACAGCCAUAGGCUUCUACAAGCAAGUGCCACUGCUGAGGUUUGUCAAAGUUGCGUCAAUUCAAAUCUGGUAUUAGGAACAAAAGAGGUCAACACGACUUCUAAGAUAUACUAGUUAUUUUAAUUAAUGCAAAAACCUUCAAUGGUAAAUAUGAUGUUUCGUAUAUACGGGCUCUUUGAAAUACCUCGCAGGGCACUUCAGAGAACUAAUCCAUUGUUCUAGGUUCUUGCUCAAAUACUCUGACAGAGAGUUUCCCACCUCUCUGCUGGCCAAUCAGAGCAGAGACUUGAGCGUGGUUUAGACUUACUCAGCCUAUCCGUUGGCGCACCGGCUGUUCCCCGCCUCUUCUGUUACCAGGCCAUAGUGAGAAGAGCAGCUCCCUUAGACACCAUUCCUACGUCCAAGGAAGGUUCACAGAUCACAAAGAACCAGUAUAUUCCAGUAUCUGGAGACACAAAUCCCUAUCUCAUCUUACCCCCCAAAACAGCUCUUCACAUCAAUCACAGCCUGCCAAGUGACACAACCUACACUAGCCCAGUCAAGAAUGCAUUCUUUCUAAGUUAGUCAUCCCAUCAAUUAUAAAAAUAAUAAAUCUCUCACAGGUUACUGCCUUUUUAAGGAUUGUGUUCCACAAUAUAAUAUAACCAGUUGAUAUUACGUUUCAGUAAAUUAAUCUUAAAUGGCACUUUAUUUUUUAUUGACUGAAUAUAUAUAUACACUGAGUGUACAAAACAUUAAGGACGCCUGCUCUUUCCAUGACACAGACUGACCAGGUGAAUCCAGGUGAAAGCUAUGAUCCAUUAUUGAUGUCACUUGUUAAAUCCACUUCAAUCAGUGUAGCUGAAGUGGAGGAGACAGGUUAAAUAAGGAUUUUUAAGCCUUGAGACCAUUGAGGUAUGGAUUGUGUAUGUGUGCCAUUCAGAGGGUGAAUGGGCAAGAAAGAUUUAAGUGCCUUUUGAACAGGGUAUAGUAGUAGGUGCCAGGCGCACCGGUUUGUGGGAAGCAUUGGGGUCAACAUGGGCCAGCAUCCCUAUGGUACACUUUUGACACCUUGUAGAGUCCAUUUCCUGACAAAUUGGGGCUGUUCUGAGGGCAAAGGGGGGGGUUAACUCAAUAUUAGGAAGGUGCUCUUAAUGUUUUGUACACAGUGUGUAUGGGGCAAUUAGGAUUUGUUAUCUGUAAUGGUUAUGAUCAAUUAGGCAUUGUUGCGAUCUGUUGGCAUAUAUAUUUUCCCAGUGCGGCCUAAAAAUAGAUUUUUUUCUCCCCACUCGAAUAUUGGAAAGAAAAUCAUGCAGGUACUGGAACAGUCAAAAAAUGUCAAAUGCCCAUCCCUAAUAAUACACCACGUGUAUUACAGACUUACUUGCUUCAUUCGAUUUAGUUUCUAAUGGGUGUCAUAUUUGGUGCCAAAUAUGGUGCAUAUAUUGCCCUCAGAUGUUAGCAUACAACAUCUGCAUCUCAGAACACAGGCUAGGAACACAAGUUAUCAUGGGGACAUAACACUGGCUGUGUUUCAAUGACACUUAAAACACCAGGCUAAACUAUUUUAGUACAAGCAUUGUCUAAAUCUAAAAGAUUACUGUAUGGGUUAUCUAUGUGCCGCUGAUCUAUGUUUGGUAGCCUAUCCAUAGGGGGAUGGCACAUUGUUUACGUAGUUGGUAAACAGCAUUUGCCAAGGAAAUGAGGCUAGAUGAAAAGAUUAGGCUACUCUUUGCAUUUAACUGACAAAUACAGUUGUCAAGUAGGGCAAUUUUAACUGCAAUACAUGGGCUAUGUGUUAUUUGCAUGCAUAUUCUAUGAUUUCAUUAGCCAAGUUAAUGACAAUGCCAGCCCAUGAUUUAAAAGUUGUCAGAUAACUGCACAAUAGCCUACGAGACACAUAACCGAUGUGGCACUGCGCAAUCACCUAGCGCGCUCUAUAAUUACAUCCCUGCCUUCUCGGUUACAACCUCCCAGCUCUCUAUUUGAGUAUCAAAAUAAACUACGGCAGCACCCAACCGUCAAUAAAUGGGACUAGCCUACUCUCUCAGAAAGCCGCAUCUGAGUGUGCCACUGUGUUCCGCCCUCAAUAAGUUGGACGGUGGACUGUCACAUGAGCCGCUAUCACAUUGCGUUAUAGUCAGAAGCCCUAUAGACUGUCUCUUUCUUUCCCUCUCUCCAAACCAUCUUUCGCUCCCAUUCCGCUCUCCCUCUCAAUUAUUUUCACAGUGAUACUGAACCACUAGGUUUAGCCUGCUUGGCCUACAAUAAAUUGUUUGAUCCCUAUCACCACUAUCUGACACAGUUCAGAUUAGAUUUACCCUUAAUGGUGGAUUUGCUUAUGGCAGAAAAACCAAACAAAUCCUAGUUUACAGGUAUUAUAUCGAGGGAGUAUUAUCGUAGAGGGACUCUAGAAUGACUGCCAAAAUAUAUAUAUUUUUUUACACAAAUAAAACAUUUGGCAUUCUUAUGUCAUCCCAGGGAUUUAUACAGGGGAAUACUAAUCCCCGAUUUUACUUAGUAGUUGUGUUUCUGUCGUUUUUUUCUAGGUUAACCUGGCCACUAAUCAGAUUGUGAUGAACUGUGCUGACAUUGACAUCAUCACAGCAUCCUUUGUACCAGAGGGAGGGGAAGGUGAGGGUGAGAUUCUGUUGAAAUUGUCUUUUCACAUUUCUCUUAAAUAUAGACAUAAUUAUAUAUUUUUAUGAUUCUAAGGAUUUUUCACCUGAUUAGACCUGCUUUUUCAGGCUUGUUAGGCACAUUUGGAUAUUAUUUUAAUUGGUAUGUUAUGGCAGCGAAUAUCAGCCUUGCAUUUUGUCUUUCUCUUUAGAAAUUAACGCUACAGGAUUCAACUAUCAAAAUGAGGACGAGAAAGUAACUCUGUCAUUCCCUAGUGCUCUACAGACAGGUAAGUCAAAGGACAUUAACCAGAAUGGCUACAGGGCUUUUUAAGUUUAUAUAAUAAAACCUUAACUCUCUGCCAUUCAUUAUUCUUCCUCUUGUUUGACAUGAUGCCAUAUCUUUUUGUUUGUAGUUGACAAAAAAACAAACCUCUUAUUGUAGUAAAGGCUGAAUAAACACACGUUGGUUUUUGCACCUGUUUCCCAGGAUCCGGUACGUUGAAGAUUGACUUUGUUGGGGAGCUGAAUGACAAAAUGAAAGGUUUCUACAGAAGUAAAUAUGCAACUCCUGCAGGAGAAAUCCGCUAUGCUGCUGUCACGCAGUUCGAGGUACAGUAACUAGACGCUCUUCCUGUCCUGCAUCACUUCUGUUACCAUAAUGAGUACAGUUUCUCUCGGCAGCAGAGUUGAUUGCUUAACCCAUGUUGCAAUAGUGUAAAAGGAAUUUGACCACAAUGUUUGAGGAUUGUCACACCCAGGCUACAGGCUGAAUGUUUUAGCAACCAUUGUUGGAGAUUCUUGAUAAUGCAACAUUGUCAUCUCUUAUCUUUAGUUUUUUUGGGGGGGGGGAAACGACAUGCCCAGCUGCUAUAUACACCCAUGUUUUUUAUUUUCCACUUUCACUAGAGGUCAUUGGAGUAGCUUUAUUUAAAAAGCAACCCUCUGACACCCUCCAGGAUGUUUGCCUGACGUAACAUGCUGUGAAACAUGUGUUGUCCGCUCUCUCGCCUAACCUCCCAUGGUCUUCCCCCCUCUAUUCUCUCCUCAGGCCACGGACGCUCGCCGGGCCUUCCCCUGUUGGGACGAGCCAGCUAUCAAAGCCACCUUUGACAUCUCUCUGAUAGUUCCCAAGGACCGAGUAGCCUUGUCAAAUAUGGUACGUGUCACACUCUAACUCUUCCCCCUGGAGACGCCAGACCCCAAACAGCUUGAGUCACAUUUCGCCACUCUGUUGUUUGCGCUCUGCUAACAUUGGUUUAUGUAACAUAAGAUGGUCUUGUUGGGUCACUGCAUUUCCCCCCCCAUCUAGCUACAAGGGUAAGUCUACUGGCAUUCAAAAGGCAACUGAAUUAGUAUUUUUUUCCCCAAGAUGUCUGCCCUGCGGACUGUUAAAGGCUAUGAACUCAUUCUUAAAAAGCAUUGCUGACACGGAUAUUACUUUCUGAGUAAAUUUUCUGUCCGUACUAAUAUGCCCUUGUCCUCAUCGACACAGAAUGUCAUCGAUCGAAAGCCAUAUCCAGAAGAUGACAGCCUUUUGGAAGUGAAGUUCGCCACCACCCCCAUCAUGUCCACGUACCUUGUAGCUUUCGUCAUCGGCGAAUACGACUUUGUAGAAGGCCAAUCGUCGGACGGCGUGACCGUACGUGUCUACACGCCUACCGGAAAGGCGGAACAAGGGAAAUUUGCACUAGAGGUGAGUUGUUUUUUACCUAUUUUAACUUGGAUACUGGUUAGACCAGUACUAAACAUUAGUCAUGUAUAACUAUGACUGUUUAUGAGAGCUGUCUCUAGAAUAAAGGAGUUGAAAGGUAUAGAUGUACAUGUUGAUGAAUGACUGUUGUGCUAGCAGCAACUAUAUAUUGGCACCAAAUGUAAAAUCUAAACUAUAUCUCGUUUUUUCUCUCCACUUUUCUCACAGGUUGCAGUAAAGACCUUACCUUUCUACAACGACUACUUCAAUGUUCCUUACCCAUUGCCUAAAAUUGAUCUAAUAGCUAUCGCUGACUUUGCUGCUGGUAAGUACAAGUCAAUGACUGUAUAUCAAUUAUUAUAUUGUGAUGAAAAAGAAGAAUGAUAUAGUCAAGAUCUAACACGCUUGGUGCUGCCCCUCCAGGUGCCAUGGAAAACUGGGGCCUUGUAACCUACAGGUAAAUCUAAAGUAACGUUGCUACGUUUGCAACUAAUGAGAGGAUGCACAGUUAGCCUGCCAAUCAUGAUGUUAUUCCAUACAAAGAUUAUUUGAUUACGUCUAGGGGGAAAUUGAUGUGAUUUUAUAUGCAACUUAUGUUUUUGUGUUAAUUUACCACUAGGGGGAGUGUGAAGUGAAUUGCUUUUUUGCGCUUGUUUUCUUCGACUUGACCUUGCUGUUUGACCUCGUUUCCCAGGGAGACGGCGCUGCUGAUUGACCCGAAGAACUCGUGCUCGUCCUCACGGCAGUGGGUGGCCCUAGUGGUGGGACACGAGCUGGCCCACCAGUGGUUCGGAAACCUGGUCACCAUGGUAAACAACCACUGCACUCUUUACUGCUUAUGUAGCAACAAAAAAGCACUGCUGGUCAAUGACAGAAAGACAUGGUCAUAAGAAGAUAUUACAUCAUUGAAGAUUACAUUGAAUUCAAUUAUAUAAACAACAUUCUUCAAUUGCAUUGGGGUAUACAUUGUUGUCCUGAAUUAGUUUUAGUCAAUAUGAUGCCUUGUAGGAAUGGUGGACCCAUCUGUGGCUUAACGAGGGCUUUGCAUCAUGGAUCGAAUACCUCUGUGUGGACCACUGUUUCCCUGACUACGACAUCUGGACACAGUUUGUGUCUGCCGAUUACACCCGCGCCCUGGACCUGGACGCGUUGGACAACAGUCAUCCCAUCGAGGUGUGUGUUGGCUUUAAAAUGAGUUAGAUAAUGGCACGUUUGUGCCUUAUCCUGUAUGUACUGGACCACCGUUUUUCAAUGGAUGUGAAUGGAUGUGAGGUAUCUAUCAGAUGAAAGCAACCCUCGUACUGCGUUUGAAAGCAUGAACUGACUGAUCCCCUGGACUGCAGGUGAAUGUGGGCCACCCGUCGGAGGUGGAUGAAAUCUUUGAUGCCAUAUCCUACAGCAAAGGAGCGUCUGUGAUCCGCAUGCUGCACAACUACAUAGGAGACGAGGUGAGGAGGAGCUGCCCAGGCACACUGCCAUAUUGUCCGCUAAUUAGUCAAGCUCUAUUUCAUAUACUAGUUAGAAGUACUAGAGCAAAAGGCUAUUGCGUGAACAAGUGUCUCUGUUAACUAUUUGUAUAUUUGCAUCUCAGACGUUUUUCUUGAUUUUCUGGCUUUCUUUGUAAACCAAUUUGUUUCUCCCAUCUCUAGGAUUUUAGGAAAGGAAUGCAUUCCUAUUUGUUGAAGUUCCAACAUAAAAAUGCAGCAACAGGUAACCCAGUCAAGUCUCCUAUAAUUUCUCAUGAAUUUAUAAUGAGACCCUGGCAGGCCCAUGCCUGGUCCAUUUAUAACAAGAUCAUUAUUUGAGCAUUGUAAUUGGUUGGUGACCACCUCUCUCCCCACCACCACCUUUCCCAGAGGACCUAUGGGAUUGUCUGGAACAGGCUAGCGGGAAACCCAUUGCCCUGGUGAUGAGCUCCUGGACUAAGCAGAUGGGCUUCCCUAUAAUUGUAGUGGACCAGGAGCAGGUAAAUAGCCCAAUGGAAAUUGUCUUUGGACAAUAUGAAUGUACUGUUUUAUAUCCUGUGAGAAGAGAUCUCUCUAUUGUGGAUAUAACUGUUUGUGUAUUAAAUAAUCAAAUACAUUUUAUUUUUCUAGCAAGGGGAUGACCGCAUCCUCAAGAUAUCUCAGAAGAAAUUCUGUGCCAGUGGACCACAUAAUGGUAAGAUAAUAUUUUCCAAUAACUCAACACAAAAAAGCCAAGUACAAAUCGCUGGUUCACUACUUAUCACUUAUUAGCUACAUGAGAAUGUGCUUAAGAAGACCAAGAUCCUCCCCCUACUGUGCUCCAUCUCAUUGGGUCUUGCUUGUGUCAAUCAUCCCCCAGGUGAGGACUGCCCUAACUGGAUGGUCCCCAUCAGUAUCUGUACGGGUGAGGACCCCGGCUGUACCAAGCUCAAGGUGCUGCUGGACAGCCCAGAGACCACCAUCACGAUCAACAACGUCAGCCCUGACCAGUGGGUCAAGGUGAGGACAACCAAAUUCUACCUAUUACAUCUGUCUAAUAUAGAAUUGAGUUGAAAACCAAGCCCUGAGACCUUAAAAUGCAUGGUCUCAGGGCUUGGUUGAAAAGCAUGAACCAAGUUGAAGUUCCAAGAUAUAUAACCCUUAUACAGAGUGGUAUGUAGACUGUAUGUUUAGGGAAAUAGAAAUCUGUCUAAUAAAAGAGUAAUGGAUACAAAAAUGCUUGACGAAGGUCUGCUUGCUUGGAGAAUAUAAACGUCUGGGAAUGGGCAGUGACAUUUUAAGUCUGAGACUGUUUAGUAUUUACUAACGGGUGGGAGAUCAUUGGGAGUUCAGUAAACCAAUCACCUGACCAAAGGGGUCAACGAGAGGUUAAGCCAACCAUGACCCUUGAAGGUAUUUGAAAGGGGUCAAAAGGUCACACAGAUGGCUAUUGAGAGUGGUCGCUGAGAGGCUAGAGGGUCAGGAUUUGUGAAUGGACUAUAGAAAUUGCUGUUCACUGAAAGGACAUCAUUAGUGAUGUCAUAGAAAGUUCAGGAAACUGAGAAUCAAUCAAAAAUAACCACUUGCUUGAGCGGGAUCAUAACCUGGCUAGCCACUAUCUAGUUAGCAAUGCUAAAGAAGCUCCACAAGGCCAGUGGUUCCCCAGUUGGUUGGUUGGGGUACUUGGCCAUAUCCACAAGGGGUACUUGAGAAGACUAAUUUAGACCAUAGGCUUACUGGUAAAAUGCACGAGGGGGUACUUCAGGGGUACUCCGGGCAGAGCAAUAUUCAGUUGGUGGUACAGUAACCAAAAAAGGUUGGGAACCACUGCACAUGGCUAUGGUGGGGAGAGUGAAACUACUUAUGUGUGUGCCAUUCAGAACGGACAAUUAUCCAUGUACUGAGAUUAUCAAAAGGUUAGAAAAUAUCUCUUCCUGUUUCCUUAAUGCUAAACGGCACUUUUUAUGGCUAUUUUGUUAAUUUGUUGGGUGGGUCAUUCAAGCAUAUAAGGGCUUUCUUCCACACUUGCUUGUUAGGCAGAUUUAUUUAUGCUUUAGCUAACAAGUUUGGAACAGCAAAUUGUUUGGCGUGACACACCGACAAAGGAGUGGAAGAAAACAGAUUGGCAACAAGGCUAUAGUCUUUGGCUGCUGUUCAACUGUCCUCCUCCCCCCCUAUAGAUCAACCCGGGAACAGUGGGCUUCUACAGGAUCCAGUACAGCUCAGCCAUGUUGGAGAGCCUGCUGCCUGGUAUCAGAGACCUCACCCUGCUGCCUGUCGACCGUCUGGGCCUGCAGAACGACCUUUUCUCCCUGGUGAGACGCACAGACUACUGUCAACACUACACCAACAUGCCCUUUAGCUCGACGCUCAAGAAUAAAUUGGAUAUGUAUGGUAUUGGUGCUUGUAUAUAAAGUCAGUCAUGGACAGAGAAAGGGCCAGUUCCUGUAACACAAUCAUGUUCAGGGAAUGGAUUGAAAGUCACUUUGUUUUGGGGGGGUUUCUGCCACAAAAGCCUUACGUCCUUUCCCUUUCCAUUUACAUUUUAGUCAUUUAGCAGACGCUCUUAUCCAGAGCGACUUACAGUUAGUGAGUGCAUACAUUUUUUUUUCUAUUUUUUUUUCGUACUGGCCCCCCGUGGGAAUCGAACCCACAACCCUGGCGUUGCAAACGCCAUGCUCUACCAACUGAGGUACAUCCCUGCCGGCCAUUCCCUCCCCUACCCUGGACGACGCUGGGCCAAUUGUGCGCCGCCCCAUGGGUCUCCCGGUCGUGGCCGGCUACGACAGAGCCUGGAUUCGAACCAGGAUCUCUAGUGGCACAGCUAGCACUGCGCCAUUCCAUAUAGCAAGGCCCAAUCUGUCUAGCCGAGCACUACAGUGGCAAAGACACAUAACCUUUAGUGUAUAAACUGAUCCUUUUUGAGGAAGCCCAGGGUCAAAGCUUCCCCUAAAAUAAACUCUAAUCAAAUCAAAUUAACUGCUCAAUGUUGUAAGUGUGGAAUCCACACAGAUACAUGUAACUGCCAAAAUAAAGGAAACCCCCAACAUAAAGUGUCUUAAUAGGGCAUUGGGCCACCACAAGCCAGAACAGCGUCAGUGCAUCUUUUCAUAGAUUCUACAAGUUUAUUGAACUCUAUUGGAGGAAUGCGACACCGAAAUUCCAUCAUUUUGUGUUUUGUUGAAGGUCGUGGAAAACACUGUCUCAGGCGCCGCUCCAGAAUCUAGGUGUGCAAUUGGGUUGAGAUCUGGUGACAGACAGCCAUGGCAUAUCGUUUACAUCAGGGCUCCCCAACCCUGUUCCUGGAGAGCUACCCUCCUGUAGGUUUUCCCUCCAACCCCAGUUGUAACUAACCUGAUUCAUCGUAUCAACCAGCUAAUUAUUAGAAUCAGGUUGACUAGAUUAGGAUUGGAGUGAACCUACAGGACUGUAGCUCUCCAGGAACAGGGUUGGACAGCCCUGGUUUACAUAGUUUUCAUACUCAUCAAACCAUUCAGUGACGACUCAUUCCCUGUGGCUGGGGGCAUUGUUAACAAAACCGACUCGUGCGUAACAAUGGGGCAAAACAGACCGGGUUGGUUUAGACUGACGUGUAAACUAUAUUUAGUCUCCAAAUGUUUAUUGAAAACAAAUAAAUUUGCACAAUGAAAACUUGCUGUGUCUCAAAUACAGUUGUUGGUUAGAUAGCUAGUGAAUUUGUGCCAUAUUAGCAUAGACAUGACAUCAGUCAAAACAAGAUACAACUAGCUGAAACAAACCACCUACGAUUCCCCACAUGGCAGCUUCUUGUCAUUGUUGCUAGCUAUCUGACUGUUCAGAAUCAUAACAACGCACACCUUCCAGACACAUAGAUGCGCUCAUAUCAUUUUCAUGACGUUGUCAGCCAACCUGUCUGUAGACAAAAUAAUGGCCUACCCAGCAUUUUUAGACAUUACCCUAAGCAUGAUGGGAUGUGAAUUGCUUAAUUAACCUUUACGGGAUCGGUGUCCCGUUUAUGGAAUGGUUGAGCUAACGUGCACUAUUGUGAUUAGCAUGACUGUUGUAAGUAACAUCAAACUUUCUUGUUAAUCAUUCUUUCUUGUUAAUCAUUCUUGUUAAUCUAACUGCUCUGUCCAAUUUACAGUAGCUAUUACAGUGACAAAAUACCAUGCUAUUGUUUGAGGAGAGUGCACAACAACAAAAAACGUAUCACGGCAACUGGUUGGAUACAUUCACAUUUCUAACAUUUUGGUAGGCUAUUUUGAUAGUUUGGGAUUAUCAGAUUUAGGCUGUCCCCGACAAAAAAAAAUAUUGGUCAAACGAGAGUCGUCUGUUCUUUCGACCAAUUGAUUGGUAAAAAAAAAAAGAGUAAGUAAUUUCUCAUAUGUUUUACUAAAAUCAACUAUAUGUAGGUUACUGAGCUUGUCUGAUGCUUUAAGCACUGUGAUUAAAAAUGAAGACACACAAUUUACUUGAGGGAGCCAGAGAUCAAUAUAGCUUGACCAGAAAAAACCUGUUCUUGUCCCCCCGCUGCCCACUGCUGCUGGCCUUCUCAGAUUCUGCCAUUAUGCUCCUGGAGUUGCCGGUAAUAGGCUACACCAGCGAUCAGCAACCUUAUCCAUUUAGAGUGCCAAUUGAUCUACCAUUUCUACUGAUCUCCGUGCCAGUUAUGAUUUUCAUAUGCACAUUUUCGUUAAACCUUUUCAUUUAAUUUCUAAUAAAGUAUUCGUAUCUCAAUCAAUGUCAUGUGGUUAAUCAAAAUUCUAUCUAAAUGAAAAAUAUACAAAUCUAAAAGUAACUUCUAUUGCCAUUGCCAAUAUGUAAAGAGAGCCUACAUAAAGCCAAAAAAUUAAAACAUUGCAGGUAGAAAAUAUCCUGAUUUUAAAAAUAAAUAUCCUAUAAAUCACAUUGGCUAUGCAUGGCCUGUCUGCAAGGAACUUGAAACUUGGUCCAGCCUGAAGCUGGUGCUAGCGAACUUGCAACAUUGUGUAAAAUAUUCUGGGCCCUCAGUUUCCUGCACCAGUGAGCACCUGGAAAGACACAGCUGUAGGCUAUUUGCGCAAGGGAUAAGAAGUAAUCAGGAAGGAAUAUUUUAUGACGUUUCCACCGGAUCUGAGUAUUACAUUCUUUCCCCUUUCAUGCUGAGUGGUUAUCGAAAGGGAGAGAACUGGAAAGAUUUUUCAAAUGGGCUAUGUUGAGGAAUUAUUGUCAUUCUCAAUGGAUGUAAAAACAGAUUUUGUUUGAGGCAAAGACAUUACUUUGAGAAGUGCCACAGUGAUGGUGAUUUAAGACAAUCAGAAAUAGUAUCAGAUCCCCAAAUGGGCACAUUUAUAGGCCUACAUUUGCGCACAGGCCAGGUAGCCUAGACCUACUUCUAUGCAUAAUCAGGUGUGUGUCCUUACUUAAGAUUGACAGGAGCGCUUCAAACAAAAGACAAUGAAUAAAUUGACAACUUGUAAAUGGAUUGAAAUAAACCAAAACUUGUUUUUCACAAGUGUAGUCUAGGUUGUGCGCUCUGCAAACAACGUGUCAACUCCUACAAUGAGAACAGUAAGAGUGCAGUAAUAAUAUUAAUAUAUUGAAUACAUUAAGAGAAAUGACCGUAACCAAACAAACACUGUAGAUGAGAAAUUAUGGGAAUUACCAGUAAAUGUACUACUGAUACUUGUGUACCAUCCCCACGGCCUCCACAAUGGAUUAGUCCACUUAGAGGUGUGAAUCAGACAGGUUUCUCGUGUGCCAUGAAUAUAUAUAUAUGCGACUGCUCAACUAAAAAAAUAUCGGUCGAUCAACAGCCUAUCGACCAAACAAUCGACCAGUCGACUAAAUGGGCUCAGCCCUAAUAAGGUUCUAUCAAAAUCUUGUUAUUGACCUAGCAUCGUUUUGUUCAAUGGUCUCUCUACCUAUAUAAAUACCCCAAUUCAUCUUGAUAAGUUCAAAAUUAUACAAUAUAAAAAUUGCUGACCCAUUCAUACCAAUGAAGGUUUGGAACUUUAAAGCCAAUUAUCUCAAACAUUUUUUGCAUGGAACUUUAGUCCCACUCUCGUGACACAUUUUGACCGUUGUAAGAUGGAACCUUGAAAAUGAUCCCAACAUGAUUUUAAAGAUGUAAAACAUAUUCCCAAUCAAUUACAUAAGUAUUUGAUACAUCAGAAAAGCAGAACUUAAUAUUUGGUACAGAAACCUUUGUUUGCAAUUACAGAGGUCAUAUGUUUCCUGUAGGUCUUGACCAGGUUUGCACACACUGCAGCAGGGAUUUUGGCCCAAUCCUCCAUACAGACCUUCUCCAGAUCCUUCAGGUUUCAGGGCUGUCACUGGGCAAUACAGACUUUCAGCUCCCUCCAAAGAUGUUCUAUUGGGUUCAGGUCUGGAGACUGGCUAGGCCACUCCAGGACCUUGAGAUGCUUCUUACGGAGCCACUCCUUAGUUGCCCUGGCUGUGUGUUUCGGGUCGUUGUCAUGCUGGAAGACCAAGCCAUGACCCAUCUUCAAUGCUCUUACUGAGGGAAGCAGGUUGGUGGCCAAGAUCUCGCGAUACAUGGCCCCAUCCAUCCUCCCCUCAAUACGGGGCAGUCGUCCUGUCCCCUUUGCAGAAAAGCAUCCCCAAAGAAUGAUGUUUCCACCUCCAUGCUUCACGGUUGGGAUGGUGUUCUUGGGGUUGUACUCAUCCUUCUUCUUCCUCCAAACACGGCGAGUGGAGUUUAGACCAAAAAGCUAUAUUUUUGUCUCAUCAGACCACAUGACCUUCUCCCAUUCCUCCUCUGGAUCAUCCAGAGGGUCAUUGGCAAACUUCAGACGGGCUUGGACAUGCGCUGCAGGAUUUUAAUCCAUGACGGCGUAGUGUGUUACUAAUGGUUUUCUUUGAGACUGUGGUCCCAGCUCUCUUCAAGUCAUUGACCAGGUCCUGCCGUGUAGUUCUGGGCUGAUCCCUCACCUUCCUCAUGAUCAUUGAUGCCCCACGAGGUGAGAUCUUGCAUGGAGCCCCAGACCGAGGGUGAUUGACCAUCAUCUUGAACUUCUUCCAUUUUCUAAUAAUUGCGGCAACAGUUGUUGCCUUCUCACCAAGCUGCUUGCCUAUUGUCCUGUAGCCCAUCCCAUCCUUAUGCAGGUCUACAAUUUUAUCCCUGAUGUCCUUACACAGCUCUCUGGUCUUGGCCAUUGUGGAGAGGUUGGAGUCUGUUUGAUUGAGUGUGUGGACAGGUGGCUUUUAUACAGGUAACGAGUUCAAACAGGUGCAGUUAAUACAGGUAAUGAGUGGAGAACCAGAGGGCUUCUUAAAGAAAAACUAACAGGUCUGUGAAAGACGGAAUUCUUACUGGUUGGUAGGUGAUCAAAUACUUAUGUCAUGCAAUAAAAUGCAAAUUAAUUACUUAAAAAUCAUACAAUGUGAUUUUCUGGAUUUUUGGUUUAGAUUCCGCCUCUCACAGUUGAUGUGUACAUAUGAUAAAAAUUACAGACCUCUACAUGCUUUGUAAGUAGGAAAACCUGCAAAAUCGGCAGUGUAUCAAAUACUUGUUCUCCCCACUGUGUGUGUGUGUGUGUGUGUGUGUGUGUAUAUAUAUAUAUAUGCAAGAAAUGCUUAAUUCUGCAGGAGUUAAUAUUAAGGCUAUGUGAGAGGUUAUAGACCUACAGUCAGUGUCCAGAUUUCAAUUUCCAUUUAAUCCAUCUGAACAGUAGGCUAAAGUUCCCUUGACAUGCCAUAGGCCUAUUUGAAAUCCCCGUCUUGUGACUGUCGAAUUUGUAUAGCGCCUCACAAUCAUUACUCAACAUAGCCGGCACUGCUAUCAUCCUCUUUUACCACUUCACCAAAUCUUUCCCAAAUCUUUCUGUUCCUCCCUUCUCUUUAUUUUCAACUCUCCAUUUUGCGGCUUUUCUCUUAUUGAAUUAAACUCCGACAUUGUCCUUUUUGCCUCAGUGGAUCGACAUUCACUUUUUCUGCCCGUUCCCAAAAGCAUUUGGCGAUUGGCGUGUAGGCUAUUUGGCGCGAGUACAGUUUGGCCCUAAAGCUUAUAGGCUUACGCACAAAUGCCAGAUAGCCUAAAAAGAAUGAAAGAAAAACCUCAAUGUAGCCUAUACUGUAGAUAUAUUAAUUAAACAUUAAUGGAUUUUUGAAUUGAUUGUUUUCUCUUUAUUCAACCUGCCACCCACCUGCCCUUCAUCUACACUAUUUCAUGAGCCUAAACCCGCCCUGCGGAUAAAACUGCGGGGACUGCGGCUUAUGAGUCAACCCGCACAUCACUACUGUGUGGAAGCACCUGCUUUCAAUAUACUUAGUAUCCCUCAUUUACUCAAGGGUUUCCAUUAUUUUGGCAGUUACAUGUUAUUGUUGUGUAUUGUGUGGUCAUGUGAACGUAACUGUUGUGGUUCAAUAACGGUACUUCUCCUUUCUCCCUCUGUACCCAUGAGUAUUAAGCUCGUCGACUAAGAUAUGUCAUGUGAAUUGUUAAGCAUUGAUUCUUUGGCCUUUUUCUCACCAAAGCCUCUUAUGAAGAUGUUUACUGUAGACGUUGGAUAAACAAUGUGUAAUCUAAUCAACUUGUUUUCCUGCUUUAUCCUAUUCCUCAAAGUCCAAAAGCUUUAUUGUCCCGUUCAUUCAGUGCUCAUUUACAAACACACUGUCGAUAACAUCACAAUACUGUAACUCUUACCAAUUCUUCUCCUGCCCCCCCCCCCCCCCCCCCCCCCCCCCCCCCCCCCAGUCGCGCGCCGGCAUGAUCAGCACGGUGGAGGUGCUGAAGCUGAUGGAGGCCUUCGUCAACGAGCCCAACUACACGGUGUGGAGUGACCUGAGCUGCAACCUGGGCGUGCUCUCCUCCCUGCUCUCCCACACAGACUUCCACGAGGAGAUCCAGGAGUUCAUCCGGGACCUGUUCACCCCCAUCGGCCUCAAGCUGGGCUGGGAAUGCAAGCAGGUCGAAGGUGAGCCCCCUGGGGCUGGUGGUAAGAGCAAAAAACUGAGCUGCCAAGUCAUUCCGAGUCGAUCCUCAGCCUUUAGCCCCAAGGCACUUGAUGUAGCUCUGAUUGGGUUGGAUAGGUGUAAGAGAGAUGGUAAUGAGUCUACGUUGCACUCUUGAUAGGCUUGGUGGAAUUUCAUUUCUGCUAUAUUGCUUACACCUAUACGAUCCUUUCAGAUCUGCUCAAGUGCCUAGGGGUUAGGGGCUGUCGGUUUGGAAUUAGGCAAGUGUUUUGUGUAGUAGGGGUAUCAUCCCAGAGCUGGUGAUGUAUGGAUUCACUGGCUCCUGGAUUGCCUAGCAGUAGAUGAAUGUGGUCCUUUUGGAUGAAGUUCAUUGUGUCAAAGCGUUUGUGUGUUUUGUGUUUGAGACUGACCGGUGCUUUUUUAAAUUUCCCCUCCUGCCCCCCCCUCUUCUUCUACUUCUCUCCCUCUCUCCUCUCCCCCCUCUCUCAGGUCACCUGGAUGCCCUGCUAAGGGGCCUGGUUCUGGGGAAGCUGGGGAAGGCGGGACACAAGCCCACGUUGGAGGAGGCCCGGCGGAGAUUCAAAGACCAUGUGGAAGGCAAGCAGAUCCUCUCUGCAGACCUCAGGAGCCCAGUAAGCUGUUCUGCCCCCCCGCCACACACACACACAUUUAUUCAUAGAGAAACACAUAUAUUCUUAACAUGUACUUACAUAAACAAAGGCCCCAUUCCAAACCAACCUUUGCCCUCUAACCUUAGGCUCUUGAUGACUUUCCGUCAUGAAUGUUAAAAAUGUUGAUUGGUCAGCAAUUUGAUAAUGUCUCCAUCUAGCCUUCUGGUUGGUUAGGUGACGCUUCUUCAGUAUGGCUUUCACCUGUCCAUUCAUUUCAAUCAAUUGAGGUCAACAUUUCAACAAUGGUCCUGUAAUCAUGUUAUUGAUCCCACUUUCAAACAGUGACUCCUUUUGUAGAUCAUUUCUGAGUGCUAAUGAUAGUCCUACAUUAUUGAGUACAAUCAUGACUGGAAGUAGAUGCCGUUUAUGAUGAGACAGACAUAAAAUGAUUGUAAAAUCAAGUGAUGAAACCAUAUUGAAUGCCCAUGCUAAUGGUCUUUGUUUCUCUCUAGGUGUACUUAACAGUGCUGAAGCAUGGAGACAGUGCCACGUUGGACACAAUGCUGAAGGUAAGUCACACCAGCUAAUGGUGCAUUCACUAGUGCACACCGUAGCAAAAUGUUUUGCAACGAAAACAAGCAUUUCUUAUUGGAUAAAUUCAGAUUAGUCCCUCCCUGUUUCGGCCCAUUUGCUUCCAUUUUGUUCCUAGUGAAUACACCCCAGCCAGGCCAGCUGGUUGGCGAUCCGUCUCAAUAAGCAUAAGUCAUAUAUUGUAAACAUGAAUGAUUUCUAUUACAUUUCCUCAGUCAGAUGAACAAGAUUACCAGCUCGCGCCAUGUCCUCGACUCUUGUCCGAGCCUCACCGAUAAUCUGUGACAGAUAAAGCUUUAAUCACAGUCAACUGAUGAAAAUUGAUAUCAUUAUUUGAUUUCGUCCCAUAAAUGUCACACCAAAGGUAAAAUCUGAAUGUAUUUUUCUCACAUUAUCUCUCUCUAUCCCUCCCCUCCAGCUUCACAAGCAGGCUGACAUGCAGGAGGAGAAGAACCGCAUAGAGAGAGUGCUGGGAGCCAUCUCUGCCCCCGACCUCAUCCAGAAAGUCCUAACUUUUGCCCUCUCGGUACGUACACACAACCAUUCUUGCCCUGGCAACUGGAGUGUGUUGCUUGCUCCUGCUAUUUUAUCAGGAGGAUAUAAAAGACAAAACUAAAAUCCCUAGAAAUGUGUAUUUACACUAACCUUGUGUUUUGGUCUUGCUUUUAUGUUAUUCUUUCUUGAAAAUAGCCGGUGCAACUUUUAACACUGGUGUUAACUAGUUUUGUAAAUGUAGCCCUAAUAGUUGUUUUGGUCAUAGGAGUUUAACUAUAGGAUGAGCAUGAUGAAUCCAACCCCUCUGUCUCCCCUACCCAGGAGGACGUGCGUCCCCAGGACACGGUGUCAGUAAUCGGGGGCGUGGCCGGAAGCAGUAAGCAUGGAAGGAAAGCCGCCUGGAAGUUCGUCAAAGACAACUGGGAGGAGCUUCACAACCGCUACCAGGGCGGCUUCCUCAUAUCACGGCUCAUCAAGGUAAAGGCUCCGCCCACUAACAUACAGUACAUGUACACACUCUCCUAUUAAGCAGUUUUCCUCCGAAGCAUUGUUCAUUAUUUAAGCUCCUCAGAGGGCACUGUAUAUAUUAUAAGAGGAAUGUAUUUUGGAAGACUGGUAGUUUUUGCAUUUGGCCCAAUGACCUAAGCCAACUCAUUUGUAUAUUCACCCCUCUUCACAGCUCUCUGUGGAUGGAUUCGCCAUUGACAAAAUGGCUGCUGAAGUGAAGGUGAGCAUCAUAUUGGUUUAUGCCUUUUUAAUAUUGUGUUGUCUCGAUCAAUAAAACUGUUAAACGUUAACUAAAAUAAGUAUAGGUAACUUCUCAGUCGUUCUAAUUCUAAACGCGGCCAUCUUGUGUCUUCCAGAGUUUCUUCGAGAGCCACCACGCGCCAGCGGCCGAGCGCACGGUGCAGCAGUGCUGCGAGAACAUUCUCCUGAAUGCCGCCUGGCUCAAGCGCGACGCUGACGACAUUCACCAGUAUCUACUGAAGCGCAAAGCUCCCCCGGUCUGAACAACCCAAUCCCCCUCCAGACCCCCCCUUUUCCACCCCUUCCAGCGCGGACCUCCCAGCAUCAUAGCUGCCUCUGCCCCCCCUUCGCAGUCCAUAGACGGAGAGCGAGCAUACUCAAAGCAGGCUGAAUUUCUCUAGAAGAAAAAAUACAAACGACGACGACGUCAACAAACAAGCCAAGAAUUUAACCAAGCGUUGAAAAAGAAAAGAGACUAUUAUACAUAAAUAACAAAACAAAUUAAUUUCAGUCUGACAAGGAAUGUAGUUACCCCCAUUCUGCCCAUCGGAAGAUGAUACAUGAGUUUGGUGACUGGGGUUUAACACCCCCAGAUAUGAUUAGUGAAAUGGCUAUCCCAGGGUGCGUCCCAAAUGACACCCUAUGCUCUAUAUUAGUGCACUAUUUCUGACCUGAGCCAUAUGGGCCCUGGUCAAAAUUAGUGCACUUUUAUAGGGCAUAGGUUGCCAUUUGAGAUGUACCCAAAGAUGCACACACACUAUCACACUCCCGUACAGUUACGACACGCAAAACAUAAACACCCGCAUACACACAACCUUGCAUCGUAGUUUGAAAACUGUGAAUUUUUCUUUUUCUCAUCACCUGCUCCUACUCUUUGGAGAGAAAAAAAAGCAUGAAUUAUAUGAUAUAUCCUGUUGCUGUUUUUGUUUACUUUGUUUGUUUUCUGUACAAACAAAUUAUUUUCUUUUUCUUUUUUUCUGCCAUCGGCGUUUCGCAGUUGCUGGUUUUUACCCAACAGGCGUUAUGAUUGGGUAAGAGCACAGCUGGGCAGAAUGGGGUUAAUAUAGCGUGUGAUGUUUUGUUGGCGGUAGUUAAAUGAACUCAUGGCACUGAUCUCCAUCUCUAAUAACGGUUAGGACAAAAGGCGAGCAGCGCUAGCAUGGUACUACAUGUAUACUGUAUAAUGCGAGCAUUCUUGCAAAGACGUUCCACAAAUCUGAAUAGCGAUGUUCAUCGUUACCUUAUCUGCCCCUCUCUUUCCCCUCCAUCCAUCGUCCUACUCUGGCAUUUGAUACAUACCAUCCCCACAUCAACCCCCCCUCCCCUGUUCAGUCGCCUGUAUUCUCAGCCCUCUGUAGAGUUACACAAUGAUGUAUAGUAUGGCAAACGACAAACAUGCAUAUUUAAAUUGUUUCUUCAUCUGCCACAUUAUAUACAAAAUGACGUCUUGUUUUCAAAAACCUGUUUUUAUAAGAUAUAGAUGCAGUGAUUUAUUUUAAUGUUGAGGAAAAACGUUCAUUUAUUCUAAAGAAUUAGUAAAACAACACUACUUGGGCCUUUAGUGCAGUUAACACCUGGAAACUCUAGUGUAAAAACUUAAUGAUGUAUGUACUGGCUCAGUUUGAACUUUGAAAUGAUAGGAUUUACUUAACACUGCUAUUGAACUCCGAAGCCUUAAAUUGGUAAAGUGGUUUGCAAUAAUUAUUACACUGAAGUGGGUGAUAUUCCACUUCAAAGUCAAAAUAUUGUUUCUAACAUGACAGAUCUACACAUAGACUUGUUGAACAAGUAUAUCUAUCUAUAUAGAAUUUGAUGUGGCUUUGAAAACAUUUACCGGAGAAGAUCAUCAAAAUAAUUGUCACUCUUUCCCUGGAACAUUUGUUGUGCUUUUGUUUAAAAAUACAGUUGGUGUUCAUUAAAGUAAAAAAAAAGACUUAAAAUAAAUGUGAAAUUAGUACAGUUGAUUUUAUGAUUGAGGUGUGAGUGUGCAUGCCUGGAAACCAGUUUGAUAUGUAAUUGAACAAUUCUUAAUCCAAUUUAAUACAUUUGUAUAUGAUCCUAAUAAGCAAAAACAUUAUCAUAAAUAGAUUACAAAUGGUUCUAGUAAAAACUGCAAUAGAAAUGAACGGUGUACAUAAUUAAAGUUGACCCUAAAUGAGAAUAAAGGAAAUGGGCAUGAUGUAGAUGGUGGGAAGUAAAAUCAGUCUAUACGUUUUGUUUCACAAGGUGUCUGUAAACUUGCGGUGGUGGAUUUUGAUAUGUCUUGAGAUUUACAUGCUGUUAUAUUUUCAUUGCAGUAUUACGCUGCAGUCCAACGCUUUGUGGUAGUGGUUGGAUAAAAUGACUCAGUUUUUCAUAAUCUGAUUUAUCAAACUUCGUUUUGAAUGUCCCAUUGCUUCCGAUAAAAAAAUUAUAACGUUAUUGGCAGGACGACUGUGACGCUAGUGUUGCCAAAGCAGAAAUUAAGAUGUAGUACAAUAAAGUUACGUGGUAAUAUCCUUCACUAUGAGAGAUUGUCUUUCACCUUGGUUUACAGUACCUUGAUCUGAUGAUGCAUUGAUAUGCUGAUGAGUCUUUGAUUCCAGUAAAAAUAUUUGACCCCUUUCUAUAAUCCUAUGCACAGUGCUUUGGAACUAAUACCAGAAACCUGAU